CGACACGGGUCACGGCUAGGCGCGCGGCUGAGCUGCGCAGCCCCGGGCCGGCGGCCAUGCCCAAGCGGGGCUGUACCUUCGCGGACGCGGCCCCGCUGCAGCUGAAGGUCCGCGUUGGCCAGAGGGAGCUGAGCCGCGGCGUAUGCGCCGAGCGGUACUCGCGGGAGAUCUUCGAGAAGACCAAGCAGCUGCUUUUCCGAGGGGCCCAGGCCUGUAUGGACCCCGUGUGGGAGGAAGGCUGUGCCAUCGUCGACCUGCCGGAGUCGCCAAAGCCCGGCCCCGUCCUUCGGGCGCCACGUGGGCAGAUGCUGAUCGGACCGGAUGGCCGGCUGACCAGGAGCCGAGCCCAGGCCUCCGAGGCUGACCCGCCCGGGGCAGCGACCAGGGCCUGCUGCUCGUGCGUGCGAGCCGUGGACGGGAAGGCGGCGUGCGGCCAGUGUGAGCGUGCCCUGUGUGCACGGUGCGUGCGUGUCUGCGGCAGCUGCGGGGCCGUGGCCUGCGCGCUGUGCGCCCUUGUGGACUGCGGUGAUGUGCAGGAGACCGGGCUCUGUGCCAGCUGUGCCGCGUUCGAGGCCUGAGCCGGGAGCGGAUGCCCCUUCCUGGACGGCCACACCAGGUCGCCGCUGAAGAGCCGUGGGGGGCGGGGGGAGUCUGUUUUAUAUUUUGUGCUGAGGGCAGAAGUGAAUAAACCCUUUAUAUUUGGACAGGA